AUGAAGCUAUGGCAAAUAUGGUUGAUAUUUGCUGUAACCCUAGUGAGCCAUCAAUGCCUGGGCGAACAUACGCAUGAGACCGUCAAUUUGGAAAAACAAAAAACCAUUGUCAAAUCCAUGAACCUGGAUUCCGAACCCUGCAGUGAUUUCCUUAGAUACAGUUGUGGCAACUGGUGGCGGGAUCACAACAGGAAUCAAAACUAUUACAAUGAUCAUUUGGAGUAUUUGGAAUACAAUGUGACCAUGGAGCUGAUAGGACAUUUGGAGAAACCCAAUGUCAUGGAAAAUAAACCAAAAUUCGCCAAGACGGUACAGACCUUAUACAACUCCUGUAUGAACUCGCGCACAUUUGUUGCCCACUAUUACAUGAUUGUCCUAAAGCAAUUGGAGGGCAUCGAUUGGAUGCUCUUGGCCAAAAAUGAAACCAGACAGUUGGAUUACGAUUGGUUGCAGAUAUUUGCUGUGGCCUCCCGAUAUGGCAUGAAGGAUAUUCUGCUGGAUGAAUACAUUGCACCCAUGGAGGGCGAGCCAACACAGAUGGCCAUACACCUAAGAAAAUAUGCCAAUCGCUAUGGCUUCGAUAGAAUGUCAGACCAAGAUUUUCGAAAUUUGCGUGAUACCAUGGACACCGAGGUGGAUGUGAAUGGUUACUACAAAGACAUUGAGAAUUUUGAGUCAAAACUUAAGGAACUUGAAAAGUUUAAACAUCCCACCAGAUCCAAGAAAAUAUGGCAGGUGCAAGAUAUACCCUAUGAGUGGUUGAAAAAAUAUUUGAAAUAUUUAGUGGAACCGGUUCACAGCCUGGAUCCUCAUAUGCGGGUGGUGGUCAGCGAUUUGGAAUAUUUAAAGGCUCUGGAUGAAUUUUUAAUGAAAAGUGAUCCGAAAUUUUUACGAAUUUACAUGGAAUUGCGUUUUCUAAGUUAUUUCGAUAACAAUGUGCUUGAGCUCCGAAAAAGGCCAUGUUUGAAGUCCGUGCAGUGGAUCAUGCCACUGGCAAUGCAUUGGAUCUAUGAGGAUAUGCACCCUCUAAAUGUUGGGGCACACAAUGAAAUCCAGCACAUGUUCUCAAGGAUAUUGCAAGAAAUUAACAAUACUGUACACCAGGAUCGUUAUAGCGCCAUUGAUCCUGAAUCCUUGCACAAAUUAAACACCAUGCAGUUGGUAAUUGGAAAUUUACCCCGGUCAAAUACCAUUGAAUUUCUGGAGCAGCAUUACGCCUCAAUUACGGUGAAAUCGCAAUUUUAUAAAAACUUUCUGACCAUACAACAGCAAAAUGCAAAGCGAAUGCUUGAGGCUCUCUUCAAUCCGACACCAGCUGCCACCGAAUUCUAUGAUAAAUUUGAAAAUCUACCCUAUGUUGCUGUCAAUAAGCCGAAAUACUACCCCGCCCAUAAUGUAAUGCUCCUGCCGAGCUAUUUGCCAAGGACAUCCGAAUAUCAUCCGGAAUUUGAGGACAUUUUCAAAUACAGUUUCUUGGGUUCAACACUGGCCUCAGCUGUUUAUUCUACCCUUACAUUUAGGACAUUUGAUUACAACCAAUUGCAAAUGGUCAAAACUGUGGGGGGCAUACAGGCCUCUUAUGACGUGUUUUUCGCCCACAAUUCUCACGAGCAUUUGGAAGUCAAGGGCGACGCUAAAGACCUAUCCUUGCGACAAUUGUUCCUCAUCAAUGUCAUGCAAAAGUAUUGUGGCACGUUUGUCAAUGAGUAUGCCUUGAAUGCUAUUGUUACAUAUUUACGCGAUUUCGGCGAGGUCUUCGAUUGCAAUGUGGAUUAA